AUGAAAUUCGCCGAACAUUUAUCAGCACAUGUUACACCUGAAUGGAAUAGUCAAUAUAUUCGAUAUGAUGAUAUGAAAGAAUUACUUGCACAAGCAGUUGCUAAAGCACAACCAUAUGCUGAUGAUAGUGAUAAUGUUCUACGUGAGCAAUUUUUCAUGCGUGUUGAUGAACAUUUUUUUCAGUAUUGUGAAAAAGAAGCAACGAAAAUCAAUACUUUCUUCGCAGAAAAACUUGCUGAAGCAUUACGACGAUGGGAAACUAUGAAAAGUCAAGUUGGUCAUGUCGAACAAUCUCGUCGUCGUGUAUCUCAUCGUUCCGGAGCAUCAGUUGCUGAUGCAUCAGCUAAUAAUGAACAAAAUGAUGAAAAAAAAUCAUCAAUAAUAAAACAUCGUUCAAAUCGUUCAGAAGAUCAAUCAGUUACAACACCAUUAACACGUGUUUUACCUGAUCGUUUAGUUGAAAAAACACGUGAAAAACAAACACAACGUAUACAAUAUCGUAAACGUAAUGAUUUAAAAUUAGCAUUUAGUGAAUUUUAUUUAAUGCUUGUUUUAUUACAAAAUUAUCAAACACUUAACUAUACUGGUUUUCGUAAAAUAUUAAAAAAACAUGAUAAAUUAUUUCAAACAAUGCGUGGAGAAGAAUGGCGAAAAUUACACAUCGAUUCGGCUCCAUUUCAUACAUCAAAACGUGUUGAACAAUUAAUUAAUGAUGUUGAAACAUUAUAUACUGAUACAUUAGAAUCAGGCGAUCGAGAACGUGCAAUGAAACGUUUACGUGUACCACCAUUAGAAGAAAAACAAUCACCAUCAGUUACAUUUCGUGUUGGACUGUUUAUCGGAAUGAUAUGUAUUUUACUACCAGCUGUUAUUGCUCUUGGUGCGAAUCUUCAUGAUAGUAUAUCAACAAAACCACUUGCAUGGCGACAAGCAUUAUUUCUUUAUCGUUCAACAUUUUUAGUUGUUCUUCAUAUAAUUCUCGUUGGUAUUAAUGUUUAUGGUUGGUCAUCAUCAGGUGUUAAUCAUGUUUUAAUAUUUGAAAUUGAUCCACGAAAUCAUUUAACAUAUCAACAAUUUUUAGAAAUUGGUACAUUUCUUUUUGUAUUAUGGUUUUUAAGUUUUACUGGAUUUAUUUUAUCAUCUUAUUUCGAUUUUCAUCCAUUUAUACAACCACUUGGUUUUGUUACAUUAAUACUUUUAUUUUUAUUCAAUCCAACACCAACACUUUAUCAUCAAGCACGUUUUUGGUUUUUAAAAAUCUUAGGUCAUAUUAUAUGUGCACCAUUUUAUCGUGUUGGUUUUGCUGAUUUUUGGCUUGGUGAUCAAUUAACAUCACUUGAAUUAAUAUUUUUUGAUAUUGAAUAUUUUUUUUGUUUUUAUAUUUACGAUGUUGGAUGGUGGUCAGUUUCGCCUACAUCAACACCACAAGGUUUUCUUUGUCAUGGUUGGCCACAAGUUUUAUUACAAACAGCACUUAUGAUUCUACCAUCAUGGUUUCGUUUUGCACAAUGUUUACGACGAUAUCGUGAUACAAAACAAAAAUUCCCACAUUUAGCUAAUGCAGGAAAAUAUGCUAGUGGAUUUUUUGUGACCGGUACAAAUGCAGCACGUCGUGCAACAGCUUUGUAUUAUCUUAAUAAUCCAACAUCAAAUCCAUUUUUAUAUAUUUGGAUUAUUGCAUCAUUUAUUGGUGCAACAUAUAAAGUUAUAUGGGAUUUAAAAAUGGAUUGGGGUUUUUUUGAUAAAAAUGCUGGUGAAAAUAAAUUUUUACGUGAUCAAAUUGUUUAUCCAUCAAAAUUUUAUUAUUAUGCAGCUAUUAUACAAAAUAUUAUUUUUCGUUAUAUUUGGCUUAUUAAUGUUUUUAUGCAAUUUCGUACACGUUUUGCUGAAUAUUCCGAUAUUAUUGGUUUUAUAUUUGGUUUGAUUGAAGUUUUUCGACGUUUUAUAUGGAAUUAUUUUCGUUUAGAAAAUGAACAUUUAAAUAAUUGUGGAAAUUUUCGUGCUGUACGUGAUAUAUCAAUUGCACCAAUAUCAACGACUAUUGAUCAUGGAACAUUAGAAGAUAUGAUGGAUAAAGAUAGGGGUAUUAAAAAUCGACGUAAAGCAAAACGACAUGAUUUAAUUCAAAAAUUAAAUAAUGAAGAUAUUAAAAGUGAAAUGAAUGAUUUUGAAGCAACUACGGAUCUAUCACUUCGAACAUUAUCAACAAAUUCAAAUCCAAUUACGGAUGAAUUAAAUACAACAUUAGCAGCUGCAGUAUCAUCUCAAAUAAUAUCUCAUGAUGAUUUAACAGAUCAUGCCGUUUUUCUCUAA